AUCAGAGGCUGUUUUGGCAACACGGAUACGCGUGGAGCGUCCAUCCACUCCCAGUCUCUUUUACGCACCGAUUAUGCGCACAGGUACCGGGACUCUAAUUGUUCCGCGUUCAGCCGCUGCACUGCGCUUUUAAUCUCCUCCAUACGGACUAAUAUGAAAGAAGUGGAUGUAGAAGUCUGAUAGAGCUCAGACAGGAGGCAGGCGCAUUUCUUGUGGAUCAUUUUGCUGCUUAUUCCUUUUUUUUCCCUCCCCUCCUUCUCUCUUGCUCUCUGCCGGAGCGUAAGCAUGGAUGUCUUGGCGAACCACGGCAUCUUUCAGGAACUUCAGCUCGUUCACGACACCGGCUACUUCUCAGCCAUGCCGUCGCUGGAGGAGAACUGGCAGCAGACCUGCCUGGAGUUGGAACGUUACCUGCAGACAGAGCCCAAGCGUCUCUCAGAGCUUUUUGACCAAGACCUUGACGGCCUUCUUACUCCGGCCUACUUGAAAGAAGAUGGCGAGGAAGACCUUACAGAGGCCCUGCUCCCCAGCCUGCCGAGCCUCCCUGAACCUCCAAGCCCACUACCAGUGACCCUGUGUCCAAUCAGACAGAACUUAACUGCAACAAAAGACCUCAAGCCUAAAGGGCAGGGGCCAGAAAACUCAGAAGCAACGGAAGGGGUGCACCAGGCCCAGCUAAGUGCCGUCACCUCUCUAACUCCCCCGUCUUCUCCCGAGCUGGGCCGGCACCUCGUCAAACCCAGCCAGACGCUGACCGCCUCCGCCGACGGGACACUCACCUUGAAGCUUGUGGCCAGGAAGGUGGGGCUCAGCGCAGCCCGUGUAGUGGCGGGACACACGCUUCCAGUGCAGGUGAAGGACGAAGAGGAAGGGGCGGCGUGCCUGAUCGGAGUCGGCGAGCUGCCAGAGAACAAGAAGAGAAUCCACCGCUGCCAGUUCAACGGCUGCAGAAAGGUGUACACCAAGAGCUCCCACCUUAAGGCCCACCAGAGGACACAUACAGGUGAGAAGCCGUACAAGUGCUCAUGGGAGGGCUGCGAGUGGCGAUUCGCCAGGAGCGACGAGCUGACGAGGCACUAUCGCAAACAUACCGGUGCCAAGCCUUUUAAGUGCAACCACUGUGACAGGUGCUUCUCACGGUCGGAUCACUUGGCACUGCACAUGAAGAGGCACAUCUGAGGAGUCUGUAAGGGGUCAACGGGAGUGGAAGAACAGGGAAGUGAAAGAAGGAGAUGAACUGUCGACAACUGAAAAUGAACAAGAAGAAGACGUAGAGAGAUGGGUGGACUUGAAACACACUGGAUUUAAUCAGAUGCGGAUGAAGGAGGACCAGACAGGGCGUUUGACUAUAUGCAGAAACUGGCUACUCCAGAGUGGCUUUGUCAGUCUCAGCUCAAAGCUUUUGGUCCACUUAUACAGAAACGGUAAUGCCAUUGGCAGCACCAUUUUAGUCCUGGAAGAUACAGAUCCUGCCUUUUGUAUGUGUCUUUAAGGGUAUGGUGGAGGACCUGCAACUCUAUCAGACGAUCGAUACUGGCAGCUCUCUGUUUUCAUCAUCCCACAAGUGGUCCCUCAUUGACAACCUUCACAAACCUUAAGCAGCAAUGUUCCACAAGGCAAUUGUACAGUCAUGCUUUUGAAACAUUCCUACUCUUCACAAACUUACGGAUUCAGAAAAAAAACUAAUUUCCAACAGUAGCCAUGUUUCAUUCUGUCAAACCUGCCACAGCCUUUAGGAUCACCUUAGAGUUUGAGCGAAUACCAAAUGGAGCCACUUAUAAAUCCUUCUGCUCUGAUGGCAUUGGAGCAAUGGCUUAAAUUGGUUGAUGUCCUCGUAUACUCUUAAACCGGACUGUGUUGCACGAGUGUGUGGUCAAUUUGUUGCACUGACUUACCACCAAGAUCAACAUCCGCUGAGACAAACUUAUCUACUCUGGGAAUGUCAGAUGAAACUGAGCAUCUCAAGAGAUGUAAGGCAGCUUUCUAAGAGUGUGUAUUCUUCUUGAGAUCUAACAGUUGUUGUCAAAAACAGUUGCACAUUUGACUCUUUCCAGCUUUUUGUAAAACAAUGUUCCAACUGAAACGCUGGCUUUCCACGUGCCACCUGAGCACAAGUUCAAGCAGCUAGCCCACUGCGAUAGCACACAGAACACAAACAAGAUCACUAUGUAUUUAAAGAAUAUAUUGUUUCUAAGAAGAUCCUGUUGCUUGUUUGAAAAAGACCAUUUUAAAUAGACACCCUGUGAAGAACACAGGAAAUGGAUGCAGCCAAAAGGAAAGGAAAGACGGAUGCCUAAAAUGAUCUCUUUGGGCUUUGAGAGUGAUUGGCACCAAACUAGCCGCUGGACUGAGACGGUCCAAAGCACAGCACACUUUCAUGCAGAAUUCUUCCAAUUAAGCAUCUAUCUAACUUCAAAUAAAAACCGCAUUGGACAGCUCACUGAAUCUGACCCUAUGUAUAUCCAAGAACAUUUCUGCUGACUUUUUGACCAGCAUGUAUGUCGGAAUGCUGAUAUUUUCACCUGCUAGACGGACUCUUAGGGAGGCACAGUCAAUCAACCAAUUGGGUCCUGUCAGAGAAAAUCAAUGUGAAUGUAUCUGUUGCAAUCCUGGCCAUUUUGCGAAAACCCAUUAAAACACUGGAGAAUGGUGAGUAAGACCAUACUAGACUGUUUCUGUUCUUUGUCAUAUUAGGGAAGAAAAACUGGAUUUGGAAGAACUGGCUGGUCACAGCUGGUAGCUUUUGACAUUUUACUGGCUCUCUUGGACCAGCAUGAGUUCAGAUUUCCAGUGGGUGGCUGUAAAUGGGUUAGGGGAGGGUGGAUCUGCUCAGUCAGCAAUGAUAACUGCCCCAUCAGCUUAUGUAACUGCUGCAGAGUGAAACCCACACGCACAAGGAUACAAACAUUCACACCAGAAAAACUGGAAUUAGCAUUUAUCUUGUGUUACUUGACCUUUGGCAUGUCGAACAGAAAGCACUAAUUCUUAGCUUUCUUAAUUAUACAGAUUAAUUUGAUAUGAACAAAACAUUUCAAACUAGCAGCUUGGAUAUCAUUUCUUUUAAGAUGUUGCUGUUGUAUUUCCUUCAAGAGAGAAUCCCCAGAGUGAAAUGUUUGCUUCUGAGUUAAAUUUAAUUCAAUUUAGUUUAUUUAUAUAGUACCAAAUACCAACACAUGUCAUCUCAAGGCACUUUGCAAUGUCAAAUUAGUUAAAUCACACAGACCUAUUGGUCUAAACGUUUUCCAUGUUCCUUGCAGCAUUCACUCCUCCUGGAAGCCAUGGUGUACAGUUGCUUGCAUUGUGUUGUUGACUUUGCAGCAAUCCUCAUAAUUCAUCUAGCUGCAAUGGGGAGGAAAACUCCCUUUCAACAGAAACAAACCGCCUGCACAACCAGAGCCAGGCUGACUGGGAGUUUGAGAAGACAGAGCAGAGACACAAAAACAACACAGAAGCUCUGAUGCAGGAGUACUUUCUCUGUGGAAGAAAAGUACAAAUGAGACGGCAUUGUUCAGAUUGGUUUUAGAGCUCAGUUGAAGGUUUGGCUAUGGGUUUAGUUUUUUGGCUAACACAAGUUAGAAUCAAGUACCAGAUGGAGUUUUGGGCGGAGUUGAUAUGGGAGAGGUUGCAUGUAUGUCCGCCUCCCUGAUUGUCUCCACCCAGUCCUAGCUACAAACUGUUGGAAUUAUCAAGUGCAAGCCAUCAGAAUUGACACUAGUUAUGUUUACAUGGACAAAAGUAAUCAGAAUAAACGGCCAAUCAGAAUAAAAACAUGUCAUGUAAACAAGCCAAUCGGAAAACGAUGAUCGGAUGAAGCUCAAUCAGAAUGAAAUUGUAUUCCCGAUGAGAGAGGUGAUUUUUGCUGAUUGAUAAUCCAAUCAACGUGCAUUUAAACACUUGUUAGGCUCAAGUUAUUCCGAAUCUGGCAAACUGACCCGAGUGUGCAUGUGUGCCCGACGUAAACAAUGGCGGAACUACGUCAGGAAGCAAAAGUGUUGGGGCUCCUGAUUCAAACUUUAUGUUCGAAAAAAGCUCAAAAUUGUUGCUAACUCAGUAACGUUUCAACUGUAAUUAGAACUUGGUGCAAGUCCAGCCCGGGCACUUAGAAGAAAAACAAACUCAUAUACUACUGGUUUCUUCUGUGAUUUUUUUUUUGAGGAAUUUGAUAAGUGCACAUCAGAGUGGUUAUAUUCUGAAUAAAGCUAGGUCCAUCCAAACACACAUUAUGAUCAGAUUAAUUGAUUGUGUGCCCAUGUAAAUGGUACAAUCAGAUAAUUUAAUCAUAAUACAUUUUAUACAAUUGUGAAAUUUUGUGCAUGUAAACAUAGCUAAUGGAUCCUGAAUAGAUGUCGAAACUUUUCAGAAAGAACUGAGAGAAAGUCCAGUUGCCCGAUUUCAGUCUGUUUGUUGUUGCGAUAAACUGGACAACUAAGAAUUUGCAUAGGCUUGUUAGAAUUAUUCAUUUUUGUCAUUUCCACAACCCUAAAAGUGAAAACAUUUUACUCUGGAGAUUUAGAGUAACAGCAGAGACCUUUAUUUUUAGAAAAUAUUUUCUUUAAAGCCAUCCAAGCUUCCUUUUCUGUUUUUACAUAUGUGUAAAAAUUGACUUUUCUGGUAAAACAUUUCACAUUUGGUCCAAAGCAGAUUUGCUGUUUUGUAAUUUGCUCUGACUGCACAUGAAAGAGGUAACGAAGAAGGGCAGUUUCAUCUUUUUUAAGGUGACUGCUUGUCAUUGAUGGCAGCUCUAUGUGUGUGUUUCAGUAUUUAAGUUUGAUAUUCUUCUGUUGAAUGAAUCUGUGUGUUUACAUGUAAGCUGGAGACUGUUCUGCAUUAAUCAAAUUAAAUUGGUAAACUUGGUGGGUUUCAUGUUAGUUUCCUUCACUUACCGUGGAAUUCCCAAAUAACAAGCUGAUAUGAAAUGUAAGUCCGCCUGUUGUUGGACAGCUCACCUUAACAAAAUUGUUCUCCAGGAGUUUAGAAACUGGAAUCUUGAAAUGUGAAUGUGUUUUCUGGGGGGUGGGGGAGGGGAGGGGGGAUGGGGGGAGGAGUUUUCAUGUUGUCUCCGAGGAUGCGUUUACGUUGUGUUUCAUCUUAAUGAAUGAUCCGGUUUUGCCGUGCCUGUGUGUUUUUGUCUGUUUGUUUUUUUCUCCUUUUUUUUCUUUUGAGAAAAAAAAUCACUUGCAUGUCUGAUGCUUUUUUUUUUUACAUGUCUACAGUCCUCACAACCAUGCUCUAUGAUGAUAUAGUAGCUAUUUCUUAGCAUAAUAUCCACACAUCAACUCAGAUACUCUGUAAACACUUUCCAUGAACACAUAUAGAUGCCUACUCUGCUCAUUCCUUGUGUUUUUCACCAAUAUUUGUUUCAUGUGUGGCAGCAGCUCCACCUUUUUCAGCAGAAAACACUGGGGUUACAUGCAUUACUAUGUGUGACACCACCUCCGUUUCCACCAGGUCUGAAUUUUAAAUCAGCUCACCUCCCCUUUUUCUACCAGCAUACUCUUAUCACUUCUACCCUUCUUCCUUCCAUUUUUCCUGACACAAUCGUUUUUCCAUCUUUUUCCCCAUCUAUUGACCUUCUGUUUUUGUUUCUCUGUACAAAGUGUUUCAAAUUUAUCAUUUGUAUAUUAUGAUGUAUGGGUACGAUAAUGUUCUUUAUUAUGGAAAAAUGAGAGAUUUAUUUUUGUUACUGGUUUGUUUCAUAAUUCCUUUUUUAAAUUGGUAUUGUAAUAUCUCUAUGCAAGGAAACUGUUCGUUGAAUAAUUUUUAUUUAAGAAUGUAAUUAUGUGUAAUAAAUGGUAGAAGCAGUUUGGCAUGGAG